CUGAUAGCUUAGCAGGUAAGCACCCCAAACAGGAAUCAACCGCCGCGGUUUACAACCUGUCACCUCCCGCGCGCAAGUACUUAGCGCAGGAAUGGAAGAAGCUCUUUAAGGGCACUCUCCAGUCGCGGAUGUCUCUGGUAGGCUCUGCGCUGGCAUUUGCAACAGUAUUGGCGUUCCGAGCAGAGAAAGUCAAGGAACAUAUGGACGGAGGCAGCAAUAAAUAG